CUGAUUUGUCCAACUUACUGACGCUCAGCAGUACCUACCUAACCAGGGGCAGUGAUUUUUUCCCUCCYUUCCUCCUCUUUUGGACAAAGUCCCCGCAAUGAAGAUGCUGCUGCCCCUGAUUGCUCUGCUCUCUGCUGCCUUGCUCACCAGCACAGCUCCUUCAACUUGCUACUCCAGGGUGCUGUCUCUGAGCAAGGAGAUCACUGAGUCCUUUAAGGAGCUGCAGACCUCCAAAACUGUGGACUCCUGUGUGGAGACCCUGCCCAGGCUGUAUUUGGACAUACAUAAUUAUUGUGUGCUGGCAAAACUCCGUGAAUUUGUGGCCWACCCCGGAUGUGACAGAGUGGYUGAAGUGAAUGAGCUGAAGGAAAAAGCCCGGAGCCUGUACACCAUCUUGACCUCCUACUGCAGAAGGGACUUGGUGUUCCUCACUGAUGACUGUAAUGCUCUGGAAAUUCCUCUUUCACCUCCCAUUGAACACUCCAUCACGGAGAGCUAAAAGCCAGUUAACCCAAAAGUUAUACCUGGGAAAUUUUCGAGAAGACCAAGAGCCAAAAUAUGUACAUGCAGUCUGUAACAUUAACAACUAAGAUCUUUUUCAAGCACACUAGCAAUAUAAUCUCAGACYUACCCAUUUUUCUCUGCCUUGGCAGGAAAUGAAUUGCAUGCCUCGCAUACCUGCUGAGCUGCUAGAGAACCUACCAUUAGGGAGCAGUUUUUCGUUUGGCAAGGUGUGAUAUUUCAGCUUAGCCAAAUGYAUAAAGUAUGUUUUGUUUAAACAUCAGAAGCUAGGGUUUUUUUACUCUUUUAUGAAUAACUAGAUUCAUAUAAGGGAAAAAUUGUGUGAUUAACCUUCUCUCUCGACUUGGCUGUUUUUCUUGUAUUAGAUGGACAUGGAAGGGACCAUAUUUGUUUUUCUUAGAAUGUUUGAUGGGGGAAGAGUAACACUGUACUAGCAGAUUUUUCUGCCUGUAUGGCUCAUAUAUAUACCUUGAUAGUUUUUGAUGUCAGAUUUGUGAGAAUAGAGGUGAAAGAAACAUGUCUCUGUGGAAAACUAAAU